CCCUUCCAGAAUUCAAGAUGGUCGCUAAUCUGUAAUAAUUAAGAACAAAUAAUUAACAAUAAACCGGAGUUGUUGAUUGGUCAAUUACUAAGCAUAUUAUCUAAACCGGUUCCCCAUUGGUUAAUCUCGCUCUGUAGAGUCAUUGGAUUUCAAUGUUCCGAGCGGAAUAAAGCUUUGUGUCUAUUUAAUACGGCGAAUUUUAGCCAUUCUUCUCGAUUUUUCUGAAAGGAUAUAUGCAUUUUGGAAACAGUUAAUGCUAUUGUUCUGUUUAUAAUACUAUUACUGCUGCUUUUGUGGAUAUAUUCUCCAAGGAAUUGGUGUUUUUUGUGGGCAACGUCCCUGUGUAAUAUCACUAAUAUGUCUGGUUUGCCAGACUAAUACAAUCUACAAACGUUUGUUUACAAGCCAGGCGGUCUCUAUAGUUUUUGCCUAGACAAUUAGAAACAAAUUGCCAGGCUUAUUUAUCCACAUUAUGGCCGAGUCUAUGACAGGUUAGUACUCUUUUUUACAGUGAAAAUAUUAGUCGAUUUUGAUAGUUUUUGCUUUGGUUCUUAUACAAUAUAUACGAGACGUCACGGCCUUUAUCAAAUUAUCAACACCUAAAAACGUCGAUAUUGUAUAUCUCGUAUUAGAUUUAGAACGAUCGCAUAUUUACAGUACAAACAACACGGCUUCUUUCUUAUUUUUAGCAGCAGACUUUUCGUUAUACAAGACUAAAAGUGGACGAGUUGUGCCGAAACGAAAACAGGAUACUUUGUUAGUUAAAGAGUGAGUGUUUAUCUUUUAGAUACUGUAAUUGCUGCAUAUGUAUAAAGAUAAGUUGUUUUGGAAUAUAUUUUUCCGUGUAUAUAUACGCUUGGUUAUAUGUAAACUAACUUCAUCAGUUAUGUACUUCCUGUAGGUUUGGUAAGGAUAAAGUUUGGUUCAAUGUUACUAUUUACUACAGGAGGGAAUCGUAACAUAGGAUUGUUUCGGGGGAAUGCUCCCCCCAGAAAAUGUUGGAAUCUGGAGUUUGUGAAAUGGCAUUUCCCGUGUUCUGCAGAAGAUUUGAGUCAGACGACAUGCUGGAACUUAGUCAUACUUGCGGCUAAUGACAGGAAUCUUGUCCGACCUGCGAUCAGGAGACCCUACUCUAAGCCUAAACACAACCCUAACCAUGUCCCUAUCCCCAGAGAGUUAAUAAAAAUUAAAAGUUUUAAAGAAAAAAAAUAUUAAGUUUCCAAAAAGUAAAACUACUUCAACAGAACUUGAACCACAGCAUCACACAUUAAGCCGCACACCAUAUCCACUGAGCUAUUGGAAGCUCGCUGAUUAUGAACGAAAGAAAUUAUAUUCUGUCAUAUUUAUAAAUAUCUAGGCCGGACUAGAUUCCUGUUAUUAGCCGCAAGUCAUUUCUGAGACCAUAUUAAGUUCUUCCAUUCUGAUCUUUUUUUUGUGGGGAGGGGACUUAUAUCCCCCUUAGAACACUCCCCUUCCAGUUACACCUGUAUGAGAUUAUAGCUAGACAACCUUAUAUACAAGGAACCGAACCCUAGUCCCAGAGAUGGAAAGCACACAUUCAUAACCACUGUUUCACCAGUACCGCCAAACCCAACUCAUUGUGUUUUAUAUUUGCUACAGAGAAUACUCGGAUGGCGAUGAUGAUGAUGGACGUAGUGAUUCUCCUUCAAUCCCAACUAAAAAGUCCAAGUACGUUUAGAAUAGACUCACUACAUUUCACACUAAGCUUCUCUGGUUGGUGUUGUGAGCAAUGACCAACAGGCUUUUAGCCAGGGUGUCAAAACUAGCCAUCCAAAAAAUACUGGGUGUGGCAACCUCGUACACUCAUUAUUCAGCGUCUUUUCUUAUACAAUAGAUUAACAACGGCGGACAACUUUUUAGGUAUUCAAGAAAUAUCAAAGCUUGCGAGUUACUGUUUAAAGAAAAUAUUUCCUUAGGAAGGCCGCCUUUAUUUUAAAAGUGGGUGUCCAUGGGACAGUUGGACGGCCGCCUGGCUAAAUGCCUGAUGACUAAUAUUGUAAUCAUUCUUAACGAGUGAUUUUCUUAUGCCUAACUCUAAUUUGUUUUAAAUUGAAAUUCUCAUGACACAAUAGUGCAAUGUCUAAUGGGGUUGCCAAAUUGUCAAUAUCCAUUCCUUAGUGGCAGCACUAUUGAUGAAUAAAAUCAUCUGGCGUUGGACAGAAUAAAUUAAUGAAGUAGGGCGAAAUGCAACUUAAUGCAGGGUUAACCUUUUAAUUGGCAGCACUUUCUUAUUAACAAGUAAAAUCGUUUGGCGUUAGACAGAGUAAAAUAAUAAAGUAGGGCGUCCAGGGCGUAUUGCCACUUGAAGGGUUAAAAUUAAUAUUGGGGAAUAGAUUUUCCCCUAUAAUUCACACCUGAAUAAUUGUAUUGUGUAAUAUCUGGCAUUGAUCUUUUCUUGUAACAGAAGCGACGAUCCCGAGAGCUCGAGGGAAAGAUUUGCCCGGUAUACUGAUAAGAAAUUAUUUUUGUUGAGUUCACAUAAUGCAAUUGGAUCAUUCAUUCCAGAAAACAUCUAUGCCUCCCCCAUGGAAGAAAUUGGAAGUUAACCCCCCUCCCCCACCCCUUUCAGAUGUCCUAAUACACUUACUAUUAUUAGAAACACAUUUUUCUCCCCUCCCCCAACGGAUGGCAGAAAUUUCCUUCUUGAGGAGAGUAUGGAUCUUUUCUGGAACAACCUAUAUGAUUAAUAGUGCUUUUUAAUUGUAAACAAUUGAUGAUUUUUAUAGAGAGAACCACAGCGAAAUUGAACGAAGGCGAAGAAAUAAGAUGAAUUCUUACAUCAACGAACUGUCGGAAAUGGUACCAACAUGUAAUGAGAACCCAAAGAAACCAGAUAAAUUAACAGUCUUACGAAUGGCUGUCGACCACAUAAAACAUUUACGAGGUACCGUACUGUAGUACAACAAAUAUCCGAAUUUGUUGAGAAAUAGCAACACCAAAAUGAACAUGUGUUUUAUUUUGUUAUAAUGAAAUACCUCUGUAUUUUAUAGAGCCGACAUACGAACAGCUUCCUCCUCAAAAUGCAAAGACAUCAUCAUUUCUAUCAGAACGAGAACUAAAGCUUUUAGUUUUGGAGGUGUGUUUGGUCAAUUUACUGAUAAUUGUGGCAUAAUUAUCUGUCUGGUGUCAGACAGAGUAAAAUAAUAAACUUGGGU